CAUUCCGUCGGGGAAACUAAAAUAAGGGGAAUUCAUGCAGGGUUUUAUUUUCUGAAAUGUUGCAUCGUUAAAGUUUUCAAUCGGAGGUGGAGUUAAACGUAGCUGAAAGAGUUACAAUUAAACGCAUAAGUUUUGAAAGUGUCCAUGUGGGAAGCUUCAUAAGGAUCAGAACCCUGCAGCCACAUUUACUGGGUAUCCAAGAUCUCUUUUAGUCACUGUUAAUAUUUUGUAUUGUUAAUGCAAGAUGUGGCAUCAAACUGAGUAAGGAUCAGCUGGAAGAUGUCAUCUGAAUGUGUUCUUUAAUUUUCCCAUUAACAGUUUGUCUUGAAGUGAUACACCUCCUCGAUCUGACUUGUGUGGUUUGGGGUUGCAGUUAUGGUGUUACUGAGGAAUAUGUCGAUAAUGUUUUUACUGCAUGCCCUGAAAAGGCUACCACCUCGGAAAAGAUGCUUCUCGGCAGCAGGUACACAGAUCCCAAAGUUCUUGUGUUUUCAUCCAAAGCUGCCUGUGAAGAGCAGAAAGGUUUCUAGUAAUUUAGAGAAAAGUAAUUCUCAUGGAAAUAUAUCAUGCUAUGACUUUCGGUGUUUGAGUACAAGCAAAUGUUAUUCAAAAAGUAUCAAUACCAGAAAGCCUUCAAGAAGUGGAAAACCAACUGUGGAAAAUGAUGAGGUCCUAUCAGAAGAUGAAUAUGAAUUAGCAGAUGCUGAACUUGAACAGUUAUUUGAAGAACGAAUACAUCCUGUUCCUGAAGGAGGCCAUAGGAUAUUUAUUGUGCAUCCAAAUGUAAAAUGGGGAGAAAAGAAACAGCAUCUCACAACAGGUGACCUUCAGAUGGAUGAAGCAGUUGCUCUUGUGAACACCCUGCCCAACUGGCAUGUUGUUGAUAAGAUUAUUCUUUCUACAAAAACUCCAGACAGCAAACUCAUCUUUGGCAAAGGCAACUUUCAGUUGCUUACAGAAAAAUUAAAAAGUUUGCCACAAGUUACAGCAGUGUUUAUGAAUGUUGAGCGGCUGUCUGCAUCAUCUGAGAAAGAGUUAGAAUCUGCCUGGGGUGUUAAAGUGUUUGAUAGGUACUCAGUCGUCCUUCACAUCUUCCGUUUUAAUGCCCAAACUAAAGAAGCUAAACUGCAGAUAGCGUUGGCUGAGAUUCCGUAUUUGAGGUCUCAGCUGAAAAAUGAAGUGGCUCACUUAGACCAACAAGGUGGUGGAUCCAGGUACAUAAUGGGGUCAGGUGAGACCUUCAUGGAAGUUCAACAACGCCUUCUGAAGGAGAGGGAAUUGAAGAUUAGAGGUGUGUUAGAAAAACUAAGGAGGAAACGACAGUUGCUGAGGACUAAGCGGAAGCGCAGAGAGUUCCCAAUUAUUUCUGUCAUGGGCUACACGAACUGUGGCAAAACGACUCUCAUCAAAGCUCUGACUGGAGACUCAGGCCUUCACCCAAGAAAUCAGUUGUUUGCUACCCUUGAUGUUACCACCCAUGCCGGCUUGAUGCCAAGCCGCUUGACUGUCCUUUACGUCGAUACAAUUGGAUUUCUUUCACAGCUUCCCCACAACCUAAUUGAAUCCUUCUCAGCAACUCUAGAGGAUGUGGCAUAUUCAGAUGUAAUCGUUCAUGUCAGGGACAUUAGUCACCCUGAAAGUACUAACCAAAAAGUGAACGUCUUGAAUGUUCUCCAGAAUCUCCAGCUCCCAACCCAGCUCUUGGAUUCCAUUAUUGAAGUGCACAAUAAAAUUGAUCUCGUGGAAGGAUACCAACACACAGACCCAAACACUGUUGCAGUUUCUGCGCUUCACGGCCUCGGCAUGCAAGAACUGAAAGAGAAAAUUGAGGAGGCAGUUCUACAAGCAACAGGAAAACUGAUCCUCACUAUUCAAGUAGAUUUGGCUGGGCCUCAACUAAGCUGGCUGUAUAAGGAAGCCACUGUGCAGGGAAUAGAUGUUUUGCCAGAAGAUGGUUUGGCCAAUGUGAGAGUGAUCAUCAGCAGCUCCGCUUAUGGGAAAUAUAAGAAGCUGUUUCAACCUUGAGGGGAAAAAAAUGAAUUUCUAGUGAUGAGGAUUUUACCAUUUUUUUCUACAAAAGAAGUUGGUGUGAAUAGCAUCUCUGACGUGCAUUCCCGAAAGGAUUCGCUGGCAAUAAAUUACUCUUGAAGUGCAGAAAUCAUCAUCCUGUUGGCAAACGUGGGUAGUUUGCACACAAACAAAGCCCCUCCAACAGGAAUGAGAUGAACAAUCAGCCAAUUCUUUCGGUGGUUUCCCUUCCAGGAAGAUGAUUGACUAUGAUACUGGAAGAAUUCCCCACUUUUUCCAUGGAGUGUUUCAUCAAUGAGAUAAGCAGACAGGAACUCAGUUUGUCUCAUUCCAAGGAUGAAGCGUUUUUAAAUUCAGAAUGGAGUGGCACAAUGGUGAAGUCAAAAAAGAGACUGUGAUGGUGUUACAUAAAAGUUCUAAAGUUUAAGUAUUUAAAUAAAGUAAGAGCUUAUUAAAAUGAUAUCCUUAUGACAGUGGUAAUGUCAUAAUUGAUCGUAUUAAGUAUAGUGGGCCAAGGUUCCACCCACUGAUCCAUAUCCAGUGAUGUUGCUGAAAAAUGGUGAGCUUUGGGUGAUCACCUCACAGUCGAUUAAUCUCCCAUCAAUAACUCUCUCUGUUGAUAUGUGAAGAAUGUCACAGUUUGUGGAGCU